AUAAUUGUUUACACAUUCAUUUCAUUACGGUAAUAAUUGAGUAACUGUGUGCACUUAUUUUUGUCCUACGUCCUGUUUAGAACCUAGACCUAGUUACAAUUAAAAUGUAUCUAAAGUGCAGUGUUCCCGAAGUCCAGAAGUGUUGCUUCUGCGUGCCUCUGCGAUCCGGGAUCAUCAUUUUAGCCUACAUUAACAUUAUAUUUUCAGUACUCUCCAUAGCGUGCCUGGUGGUGACCACGGAGCUGCGGCGGGCGACGCUCACGCACGACCAGCGGCUCGACGCCAUGACCUCCACGGUGCUGUUCAGCAUACUCGGCAUGGGGGUGCUGCUGAAUAUACUGCUGCUGUUUGCGGGGUGCCAGAAAGACGAGUCAAUGCUGCGUCUGUACAGCUACUACGCGGUCGCGACCAUGCUGGCGGCGCUGGUGCCCACCUGCAUCCUGCUGGCCAGGGACCAGUAUGUGGAUGUCGCGGCGGCACUGCUUGCUAUAGUGACGCAAUGCUACGUGGUGGUGGUAGUCCGCAGCGAGGUGCUGGUGCUGGAGAAGCGGCGGCUCGGCGACCAGGCGCCCAGGACGGCCGAGGAGGUGGUCGCCGUGCCCGAACACGAGACGCUCUUGUAGCCCGGAGCUACCAGGAGCUCAGAACUAAUGCACUGGUUAUACCUACCGAGUGGAGUGACGCGACAGCAUCCUCGGCCAAUGAACGGCUGGCCGGCCGAGGAAACACUCUACUCGGU